AUGUUCCGGCGCGCUGUGGGUCGAGUCCUUGCCAGUGCUGCCGGCGUACAGUUUUGUACGACUGCGGUCUGUCUUACUGACAAGGAACUUGCAAAGAAACCAGAUUGGUACAAAAAAGACGUGCUCGAGUUAGAAGAAUCACUCAAGAGACUUGGACGUCACGGCUUCACCAAUUCACCGUUAGUGCUGCAGAAAUCCUACGAAGCUCUUAAAAACUUUCUUGUGUUCACGACAUUAUUUAAUUCAAAGCUUUUAAUGUAUGCCAUUGCGCUUAUAAAGUUGCAAGAUAUCGAGAAGAAAGUUGACCGCUCUGCUGAUAUUAUCAAGCAUUUGGAAAUGGCCUCUAAACUGGACAAAAACGAUGCAUACACUGUACAUCUACUGGGCGUAAUUCAUUAUAAUAAGAACAACUACGCUGAAGCUUUAUCAUUGUUCCAGAAGGCGGAACAGAUCAAGGAGAAGUUUUCCGUCAAAAACCUCUAUUACAUCGGUCUCGUCCAGCAGGCAACGGGAAAGAAGGAAGAGGCAAUCAAAAGCUACAUUGCUGCGUAUAGGUCACAUGCUCAGAACGAAUGUGAUUUGAAUGCGCGUUUUCUUGCGAAAGCAAAACUAAUGAAACUCAAAGUGAAGCCAGAAGAUUACGAAGUGGAAGAAUACUAG